AUGAGUGCUCAAUUAGCCAACCUCACUGAGAUGAUCUCAAGAUUGGCUUCGCCCUCUUCCAACACUACCAACCAACCCUCAAGCUCUUCUAACCUUCCAUCCCAGCCCAUUCCAAAGCCAAAAGGUGCACUCAAUGCCAUUACACUACGGUCGGGGACUACAUUAAAGGAGAUACUUCCUAGGGCCUUGGAAGACAUUCAUGAGGAGGAAGUGAUUGUUGAAGCUCCACAAGAAGAGAAGGAGAUGAGCACAAGGCAAGAAGAGGAAGAAGUGAGCCUCAAGGAACCCAAGAGGAAAGCUACAAUGGAUGAAUCCAUUCCUCUUCCGUUUCCUUCCAUGAUAAAGAAAGCCAAGAAAGCCCCAGAGUUUGAUUUGAUCAUGCUUCAAGUAUUUAAGAAAGUUGGGGUAACCAUCCCACUUCUUUACGUCAUUCAACAAAUUCCGAAGUAUGCAAAAUUUUUGAAAGACUUGUGCACACACAAGGAUAGGAUAGGAGAUUGCGUGAGCAUCAUGCCAUUCUCAGUGUUUGCAAGGUUGAAUUUGGCUCCUUUGAAAAGGUCGGCUGCAAAGUUUGGCUUAGCCGACAAGAGUGUGAUUACCGUGAUGGGUAUAGCCAAAGAUGUACUUGUGGCAAUCAAGAAUUUGGUAUUCCCGGUUGACUUCUAUAUCCUUGAAAUGCCACCAAUAGGGGGUAGAAGUUCUUCCUCCGUUCUACUUGGUAGAACCUUCUUGAAGACCUCUAAAUUCAAGUUGGAUGCCUUCACCGGUACAUAUUCUUUUGAGGUUGGAGAAGAGACAAUCUAG